GCCUGAUAGUCGACGACCGUGCCCUGCAUCUGCCGCCGUGCUCGCCCCUUUACCCUCACCGCCGGCGCCUCAAGCCCACGCCACGCCGCCCCCCUCCCCCCACCAUCACCCACGCCGCGCCUCUCACGCGUCGACGGCAUCGCCCUUCCUCCUCGUCGGGGCAUCGAUUUUGAGAAAAUGGAUGGCAAGGCACAUGAUGUUGAAGUAUUAACUCGUCGAGUUGAAGAACUCCAGAGAGAACGUGAUGAACUGAGAAAAGAUAUUGAGCAAUUAUGUAUGCAACAAUCUGGCCCCGGAUAUGUUUCUGUCGCAACUCGAAUGCUUUCACAGAGGGCAACAGCUCUGGAGCAGGAUAUUGAGAGCCUUCAGAAGAAGUUAAGUGGAUGCUUAAGAGAGAACCAUAAUUUGCAAGAGGAGCUUGCUGAGGCUUAUCGAGUUAAGAGCCAGCUUGCUGAUUUAUAUGGUGCUGAGCUAUCAAAGACCAAGGAGCUAGAGCAGCAAGUGAGGUUUUUCCAAAGCAGCGUCGCUAAAGCAUUCGCUGAACGAGAUAAUUCAUUGUUGGAGGAGCGAGAAGAAGCGGGGUUAAAAAUGUCUGCUGUCUUUGAGGAAAGGACAAAAGAAUAUCAAUCUGCAAUGGAAGAUCAGAAACGGUUGAACGAUGUCUUGCAAAUGGAGUUGACAGAAUUAAAAGCGAAUACCGAAUCUUCCUUGAAUGUUAUUCUAAAAUUUUACGAAGUUCGUUGCAGAGAAUGUGAAUGUCCUUCAAACGUUAGUUUUGAAGAGAAAUGUUCAAUUUUGUUAGAUGAUUCUGCUGAGAAUUGGAGUUUCAGCUCAGAUGGAGAAACCUCAACUUCGAAGUACAUUGCAUCUCUAGAAGAGGAGAAUGAGUCUCUUAAAGCUAAAAUAGUUAAAUUGCAAAGCAAUCUAAGAAUGGGGUUUGAAAUUGAACAACAUUUGCAAAGAAAUGCACGGGCAUUAGAAAAGAAACAGGCACUCAAUGAUGAUCUUAUGAGAAAUGGACUGUCAGCUCUUAAAAAUGUAUAUACAAAUCAAAGGGUUGAAAUUAUGAAAAUAUUGGAAGAAGAAUCACUUCAGUUGAACACUGUUGUUAAUCAGAUUCAAGACAAGUUAACUCAAAUUCGCAUCCAUGCUGAGAACAUUGGUAAUCCUGUUGGAGAGAUGCAAUGCUGUGACAGUAGCUGUAAAGAUGUGCAUGUUACUACGGAUAUCAGCCCUGACAACAGCCCUAAGGAUGAUGUUCCUGCAGGUCGUUCUGCAACAUUUGAUGAUUCAAAAUGGCUUGCUCAAGCUUUGCAGGAGAAGAUGGAGGCACUUAUGCUUUUCUCACAGGAACAAGAACGAUACUUGCUAGAGAACCAGAAGAAUCAAGCUACUAUAGAGGACCUUCAGAAGAACUUAUCUCAAGUUAAAGAUGAAAAGGUGAAGGCCCUCAUGGAAUUAGCAAAACUGAAAGAAGCAUAUCUCCUGAAAUGCAAAUCUACAGCGAUUGGAGGUCAUGGUACUGUUGACACUCCGAAAAUCACUUCUGGGCAUGACCAGCAAGGGAUGCUGAAGACUAUUCUUAACAGGACAUCUUUGAGACAGUGGAUAAAAAAAGAGAACAGUAAUACUGGGCACGGGAGCUCAGAUGGAAAUGAUCGUACAGUUUAUAAAGAGUGCUCAGUAGAUCUUGCUAGGAUAAAAGUUGAAAAUGCUACCCUGUUGGAAAGUAUUGCUACUAUGGAACGUCUCACUUCUUUGGUUCAUAGGCUGCAUAAUGUGCUUAUGAAGGUAUAUGAUGAUAUCAAAUCCGAUAGUUGUUUGGAGAGUACUUAUGAAGCAUUGAACAGUCUUAUAACUGAAGCAAACCUUAUGAAGACAGCUCUUGGUGUCGUUCUUCCGGUAAGCUGGUCAGGGGAUUCAUCAGGUGCUAUCACUUCUGAUAAUCUGCAUGAUUCAUCUGACUCACCAAAAUCAUCGAAGUCCGAAAAAGCGGACCCCCUCAGUUCGGCGAGCAUGGAGAUGGUGGAGCUACUUAUAUUAGCUGCUGAUAUUGUUAAAGAGAGCUUUAUGUUGAAGAGAUAAGUGAAGAUGUAAGCACCGUCUGGUUCUCCAUUCCUCUGAUGGACAGCAUACAAUUUAAUCCUGAGAGAAAAUUGCUUGGUGGGUAUACUUGAAUUGAUUUCUUAGUGUGCACUGGUAGAUGUUGUAAAUAUGGGGGAAUGGGAAACGCCUGUAAAAUGUUUGUGAAUUUGGGCUUUGCUCACUGCAGCUUCGGUUGUUCAACCUGAUGGGUUUGCAUGUCA